ACACACACGAACGACACACACCAGAAAGGUGCUCCUGCUCCGAAGUCUCUCUCUCUCUCUACCGCUCCAGACCUCCUCUCCUCGGCUAUGUGGUGCGGUCGCGUGGCUCUGCGUCGGCUCCAGCGGAUCGCCGUUGCUCCGUUAAACCUAUUAAGUAUUACCGGGGGUUUACCGGGCGCCGUGCAGAGAGAGGCGUCGUCCCUACCGCGGGUCUACAUCACGCGCCAGAUCCCGCCGGAGGGGCUGAAGAUUAUCCGCGAGUCAGGACAAGUGCAGUUUGAUCUGUGGGACUCAGAUGAAGUCCCCGUGCCCCGGAAGGAGUUGCUCCAGAAGGUCAAAGGUGUCGACGCGCUGGUCUGCGUGCUCACAGAGAAGAUCGACGCCGAGCUAUUGGACGCUGCAGGUCCUAACCUUAAGGUCCUGAGCACCAUGUCAGUGGGGUUUGACCACCUCUCCCUGGAGGAACUAAAGAAAAGGGGGAUCCGUGUGGGCUACACCCCAGACGUGUUAACAGAUGCUGUAGCUGAACUGACUGUUGCUCUGCUACUGACCACCUCCAGGAGACUCAUAGAGGCUACACAUGAAGCCAAGAGUGGUGGCUGGGGAACAUGGAGGUCUCUGUGGUUGUGUGGCUAUGAGCUGGCUAACAGCACCGUUGGUAUACUGGGACUGGGGAGGAUCGGGGUGGCUAUCGCUGAGCGUCUGAAGCCGUUCAAGGUAAAGAAGUUCAUCUACACAGACGUGGCUCCCCGACCAGAGCUGGCCAGUUUGAUCGACGCAGAAUAUGUCUCUAUGGAUGAGUUGGCCAGGCGGUCUGAUUUCCUGACAGUGUGUUGUGCUCUGACACCAGAGACUAAAGACAUCUGUAACAAGGACCUGUUCUCUAAGAUGAAGAAUACCUCCAUCUUCAUCAACACCAGCAGAGGAGGGGUGGUUCACCAGGAGGAUCUGUAUGAAGCUCUGUCCAGUGGUCAGAUAGCUGCAGCCGGGCUAGAUGUCACCGUCCCUGAACCCCUGCCCACCAGCCACCCACUCUUCACCCUUAACAACUGUGUGAUCCUCCCCCACAUUGCCAGUGCGUCCUACACCACGCGUAACACCAUGUCUGCCCUGGCAGCCAACAACCUGCUACUGGGGCUGAAGGGACAGCCAAUGAUCAAAGAGCUCAAGCUGUAGCUGCCAAUCACCUGCUUUGGAACACCAGAGGAGAACCAAUGAUUGAAGAGCUCUUACCAAACUGUAAAUGAUAUAGUUGACUCUGGUAAAAAAAGAUGAGUAGACUAUAUAGAGAAUAGGCUAGUGUUGUCAUCAACAGGGUACAUACGUAGCACUCAGUAUUUCCUCAUUUCAGAUGUUUUUAUGAUUUUGUUUCAUAAUAAUGACGAAGGACAACAAUAAACAUGGAACUUUUCCCAUCUUUUAAUUCAGUCUGUAACGACAACUGGGACCAUAUUGUCCUCCAUUACUUUAUUAGUUUCUCCUCAACAAAGAAAGAAACAAAGAAGUUUACAUUUCAUUUUCUCUUUGGGGUAGCGUCUCAAACGGCACCCUAUUCCCUACAUAGUGCACUACUUUAGACCAGAGUGUGUCAGUGGCUUUGAUCAGAAGUAGUGAACUACACAGGGAACAGGGCGCCAUUUGAGAUGCUAACCAAACAUGGUUACACUAUGUUAGAAGUGUAGAAAAACAACACAGAAAUCCUUCACUUUUGGCAUUUGGAUAAAGCCCAGCUUUUUAAGGCAGUAACUUUCUUCAUCAAUUAUAUUAUUACAUAAACAAAUGUUUUUUUCUUCUCUUUAAUCCUUUUCUGUUUUUUUUGUUUUUGAUUUGUAGUAUUCACACAGGGGCUGUUGUUUGUAUAAAUAUGACCAUACAGUGCACUUUCAAAGAUUCACAUAUUUUUUUUAACUCAACUCAAUAAAAACAACAGUUUCAGA